UCUUGGAGCUUGAAGGGAAAGUGGAAAGUACAAAGAGAGCUGGAGAGUUUUUCUUCAUUUGCAUUCAAUUGCUUUAAGAAUAAUAGCUAAAGUGCGUGAGCGUUCCUAGGUUGAAAUCAAAAUUCCAACAAACUCUGCGUGCUAUUGCUGUGUUCAUCAUCUCCUUCUACCUACGACAGAAACUUUGUGCCUGGUUACACAAGAAACUAAGAUAUGGCUGUAGAAUCUGUGCUUACUUUUGCCACCGAGGGAAUACUGACGAAGCUGACUUCCCUUGCUGCUCAAGAAAUCAGUCUUGCCUGGGGAUUCAAAGCUGAACUAAACAGGCUUCGCAAAACACUGUCCACCAUUGAAGGUUACUUAGCCGACGUUGCCCAGGGACCACAAGGUCGGAGCAAGUCCGUAGAAGAUUGGGUGACGAAUCUUAAACGUCUAGCUCAAGAUGCAGAUGAUGUCUUGGAUGAAUUCAACUAUGAACUUCUCCGGCACAAAGUAGAAAUCCGAAAUCAUAUGAAGAAAAAGGUACUCAACUUCUUUUCACUCUCCAAUCCGGUUGCAUUCCGCCUUAAAAUUGCACAUAAAAUUCAGAAGAUCAAUGCAUCCUUGGUGAAUCUCAAGAGUGAGGCUCCUAUCAUUGGACUAGUUUCCAAGAAAACAGAUGCAGCCCCUCGAGGAAUUAGAGGACGGAUACAAACCGACUCACUCCCUGAAAAAGAUGGAAUCAUUGUUGGAAGGGAGGAGGUCGUGUCAGACCUAGUCACAACUUUGACCAACUCCAACAAUAAUCAAGAAAAUCUGUCUGUUAUGGCCAUUGUGGGAAUGGCAGGGCUGGGAAAGACAACUUUGGCCAAGUCAGUGUACAAUGAUAAUUCAGUAAUAAAGUAUUUUGAAAAAAGGAUAUGGGUGUGUGUAUCUGAUCCUUUUAACAUCAAUGUGAUUUUGAUCUGCAUGUUAGAAUCUCUUAACCCAUCAAAAGCCACUGUAAGAGAAAAUCAAGAUGCACUGGUUAAAUACCUUGAAGAAGAGUUGAGAGAGAAAAGAUACUUGCUGGUACUUGAUGAUGUUUGGAAUGAAGAUUCGGAGAAAUGGGAAAGUUUGAUGACCUAUUUGUCAAAGUUGAAUUCUGCUCCAGGAAGCAAAAUUAUUGUCACUACCCGCAGCGGCAUAGUUGCAUCACUCACAGAAACACUUCCGCGGCCUGAAUUGGAACUUCUAUCAACGGAUGAAUGCUGGUCCAUAUUGAAACAUGCAGCUUGCUCAGAUGGUAGUUCUGAUAUACCUCUUGGUUUAGAGAGAAUUGGACGGGAAAUUGCUAAAAAUUGUGAAGGUCUACCAUUGAUAGCAAAGGUUUUAGGAGGUAUUUUGCGCUCUAAAAAGACUCCUGCUGAAUGGUCUGAAGUCAAAGACAGUAGAAUAUGGGACUUACCAAAGGCAGAAGAUAGAAUCAUGUCAGUUUUGAAGUUGAGUUUCGAUAAUUUGGAAUCACCAGCACUGAAGCAAUGUUUUUCAUAUUGCUCAACGUUCAUGAAAAAUGCCGAUAUGGAAAGAGAUAACUUGAUUCAACUUUGGAUGGCUCAAGGAUUCCUCCAUCCUUCUCCUGAAAAAAAUAAUCUAGACAUGGAGGAUAUAGGUAAUGAAUAUUUUGAUAUUCUAUUCCAAAGCUCCUUAUUUCAAAAUGCUACAGUGGAUGAUGAUGGCAUUGUUGCUGAAUGCAAGAUGCACGAUCUAGUGCACGAUCUUGCAGAACGUGUAUCCGAAACUGAAAGCAUGAUGCGAGACUUCCACAAUGAAAGAAUUCCAGAAGGAAGUAGUGGGAAAUUGAGAUCACUGUUUUCGAAUGCUGAAGCACUACUUGGAAACAUGUUGCCAUGGUUUAAAGCUUUACGUGUCUUGAAAUUAUACGACGAAAAUAUUGAGGAGCUUCCAAGUUCAAUCGGAAAGCUAAAACACUUGAGAUAUCUUGACAUUUCCUUUACAGAAAUCAAAAGACUUCCAAAUUCUAUUGGCAAGCUAUAUAACCUACAGACAUUAAGAGCAACAAACUGCGGUCUUAAAGAAUUUCCAAAAGCCGUGCAAAACUUGAUCAACUUGAGAUAUGUUUAUUGUGACGAAGGAACAAAAUUUCCAGCUGGGGUAUUAAGGAGAUUAACUAGCCUUCGAAAAUUAACUUGCUCUUUGAUGGGUAGUGAAAUUGAGGAGCUGGCUGCCUUGAAUCAAUUGAAGGGUAAAUUGAUUAUUCGUAAUUUGGAAGACGUAAGGAAUGGAGAUGAGGCAAGUAAAGCUAAAUUAGAGGAGAAGAAAAAGGUACGCCACUUUCUAUUUAAAUGGACGAAAAACAGGUCAACAACCAAUAAUAAUGAAGAGGAUGUACUAGAAGGCCUCCAGCCGCAUUUUGAGUUGGAAAGGCUAGCGAUUCAAUUUUUCAUAGGUACUAAAUUUCCAUCAUGGAUGAUUAAGCUUGACAAUUUAAAGAAAAUUAAUCUUAAGGGGUGCAACCGAUUUGAAGAAGUCUCAACACUCAGCCAUCUGCCUCAUCUUACAGGUGUUUGGAUUCAAGGAUGUAGUGGUCUACAAUCUAUUCCAGAUUUAAAUCUCUUCACAUCCCUCCGUGAAUUGAGCAUUGAAUCUUGUGAGAGAUUAGAAAGUUUGGUGAGCAGUGGGCCCGCCAAUGUUGUGGAGGUGCUGAAUAUAACAGGUUGUAGUGGUCUACAAUCUAUUCCAGAUUUAAACCUCUUCACAUCCGUCCAUAUAUUCAACAUUGAAUCUUGUGAUAGAUUAGAAAGUUUGGUGAGCAGUGGACCCAUCAAUGUGGAGUUGCUGCAUAUAAAAGGUUGUAGUGGUCUACAAUCUAUUCCAGAUUUAAACCUCUUCACAUCCGUCCAUAUAUUCAACAUUGAAUCUUGUGAUAGAUUAGAAAGUUUGGUGAGCAGUGGGCCCAUCAAUGUGGAGUUGCUGCAUAUAAAAGGUUGUAGUGGUCUACAAUCUAUUCCAGAUUUAAACCUCUUCACAUCCGUCCAUAUAUUCAACAUUGAAUCUUGUGAUAGAUUAGAAAGUUUGGUUAGCAGUGGGCCCAUCAAUGUGGAGUUGCUGCAUAUAAAAGGUUGUAGUGGUCUACAAUCUAUUCCAGAUUUAAACCUCUUCACAUCCGUCCAUAUAUUCAACAUUGAAUCUUGUGAUAGAUUAGAAAGUUUGGUGAGCAGUGGGCCCAUCAAUGUGGAGUUGCUGAAUAUAACAGGUUGUAAUGGUCUACAAUCUAUUCCAGAUUUAAACCUCUUCACAUCCGGUAUAUUCAACAUUAAAUCUUGUGAGAGAUUAGAAAAUUUGGUAGUAAUAGCCCACAAUGGCCACAAUCUCUCUUGUUGAGUUGGAAAUAAGCUGCUGUAUCUACCUAGUGUCACAGCUAUGCAACGCCUCAUCAAAUUACAAGCCCUAGAUAUUUGGCAAUGUCCCCUUCUGAAGGAAAGAUGCACCAAGGAUAGCGGCCCAGAAUGGCCCAAGAUUUCUCACAUUCCACAUAUCGACAUUUAUGACUAGACAGCAGACAGAUUGAGUCUAUGUGUACAAUGAAUUCGUAAUAGCUCCAACUUUCACAGUGAAGAAAUGGUCAGCUUUCCGUCUUAUAUAUCGACACGCUAAUGACAUUGGUUGGUUUUGAGAACAGAAGGGGAAAGAAAGAUGAACCAGAGUCCUUAUUAGCAGAUGAUACUCCGCAAUCCUCAUGAUUAAGCUCAUUGGUCGGAUCGAGGGCUGAACUUGGUGGACUUCUGUUUUGGCCUCUCCGUCAACCUCUGCCUCGUGCUGGUGGAGUUCUUUGUGAACUGUUUUUCCUAUUUGAUAGUUGAACAUCAGGGUAGGUGGAAAAUUCAAAACCCAAUGCAGCGCUCUAUCUGGAGAGGCAAAUAUUGAAGGGUGACAAGGUGAAUAAGAGAAGACAAAACAGAUUCUUUGGAUCAUCCUAUAUAGCUGGGUCUUUGGCAAAUCUAUGACUAAGAAAAGGUGUAAUAUUCAAUAAAAUGUCACGUUUAGAAUGAUUGCUAUAGAAUUCUUCUUUCAUGAAUGUAAUGUAGCGGAUAUUAUUUGCAUCGUAACAACUUAAUUGAAACAGAACAAAGAAGAAGGAAAUGAAGGAA